AGAGAGAGAGAGAGAGAGAGAGAGAGAGAGAGAGAGAGAGAGAGAGAGAGAGAGAUGGCUGGGACGACUUUGCGUCAAGAAUUGGCUGGGGGACGGCGAUAUGGCGUGACGGAACCGAUUUCCUAUGCUCCUCCGGAUGAAGUGGACGUGAGGUUGACCGAGGAGUUGAAGUGCUUUCUCACAGUCCUCAACGAGACUACAGAAGAGAAGGUGCAGCGCGAAGAGGUGCUUGGCCGCUUAGAGCGCAUAGUGAAGCAAUGGGUAAGAGGCGUCAGUGAGGAGAAGGGGUUCCGGGAUGCGCUGUUGGAUGAAGUCGGAAAUGCGAAGAUCUUCACGUUUGGCUCUUAUCGACUGGGAGUGCACGGGCCAGGGGCGAAUAUAGACACUCUCUGCGUUGGUCCGCGCCAUGUGUAUAGGGAGGACUUCUUUGUCGGCUUGUAUAUGAUUCUUCUUGAUAUGAAGGAAGUGACGGAGCUUCAUCCUGUCCCAGAUGCUCACGUUCCCGUCAUGAAAUUCAAGUUCAAUGAUAUCUCCAUUCAUCUGCUUUAUGCUCGUCUCAAUCUCCUUGCGAUUCCAGAGAAUCUGGAUCUUGCCAAAGAACAUAUCCUCAGGAAUGUAGAUGAGAAGAGCGUCGUUAGUCUCAAUGGCUGUCGAGUGACAGAUUCCAUUCUGAGGCUCGUGCCGCACGUGGACCACUUCCGCACGGCUUUGCGCUGUAUGAAGCUGUGGGCGCGAAGGCGGGGGGUCUACUCUAACGUAUCGGGGUUCUUAGGGGGUGUUAAUUGGGCUCUGCUCGUCGCGAGGAUCUGCCAACUUUACCCUAAUGCGAAUCCGAGCAUGUUGGUGGCGCGCUUUUUCCGCGUGUACGAGUGUUGGAGAUGGCCUAAUCCUGUGAUGCUGUGUCCGAUCGAAGAAGGAUCGUUGGGCUUGCCAGUCUGGGACCCGAGGCGCAACCCUCGCGAUAAGUAUCAUCUGAUGCCCAUCAUAACCCCGGCCUACCCGUGCAUGAACUCCAGUUAUAACGUAUCGGAAAGCACGUUGCGCGUGAUGAAAGCGGAGUUUUCGAGAGGCAAGGCGAUUUGUGACCAGAUUUACAACGGCGACCGCGGGUGGGAUGAGCUUUUUGAACCUUAUCCCUUCUUUGAGCAGUACGGUCACUACCUUCAGAUCGACGUGACAUCCCACACGGUGGAGGAUCAGCGAUUUUGGACAGGCUGGGUUGAGUCCAGGCUGCGCCAACUGACGCUCAAGGUGGAAAGAUACACUUGCGGGGGCCUCCAGGUUCAUCCGUAUCCGGUCGAGUUCGUCGAUCCGGGUCGUAAGGGAAGGCAUUCCACUUACUUCAUGGGUCUGUAUCGCCGCCCAGGCCUGCAAGAGACGGAGUUUGACUUGCGUCAGACGGUCCAGGAGUUCAAGGAUACGCUUUUCACUUUCAUCUCUUGGAAGUUCGGUAUGGACAUCGCAAUCUCGCAUGUGAAGAGGAAAGGAAUUCCCGCCUACGUGUUCCCAGACGGCGUGAAGCCUCCGAGCACCAGGGCGAAGAGAGGGAGUGCUGCGGCGGCGGGAGAUGGGAAAGGUGGUGGUGAUGUCAGGGCGGAGAAGAGGGACUGCCAUACCACUAGCAAAGGCAGGGAUAAGAAUGACAGCGAGAACAUGAAGCACAAGAAGAAGGUCAGUAGUCGCCUAAGAGGUGACGAUGACAACAGCAGCAGCAAAGAGAGCGACAACGCAGGGGCUGAGCUGGCGGGAUGGAUAGACGCAUUAACGGCGGCAGCGGAGGCGAUGACAAUAGCAGAAGAAGUGCCUAGAACAACAAAAGCAGCAGCAGUACUACCGGGUGAAACGGGAGCACUAGUAGCAGCAGCGGCAACGACAACCCCCGCAGCCGGAUCGGCGGGAUCGAUUUCAGGGGAAGCAACAGCGACGAUCACUGCAGCAGCUGCACCAACAACAGCAAUGGCAGCAGCAGCAGCAGCAGCAGCAGCAGCAGCAGCGAAAACGACUGCAAAAGUAGCAGCAGCCGCUGUAACGGCAGCAGGAACGACAGAAAAAACGAUGGCAGCGAUAUAACGCCAAAAACAAGAGCAAAACAGCAGCAGCCGCAGCAGGAGGAAAGACACAAGAUGAUGAGCUGAAAAGCGCCCGAAGCAAUGCUGGCAAAGCUGUUCCGUAACGUGACUCUUAACGUUGUUGUGGGCAAGUUAUGUGACAAGAUCGACUUUAUACGGAUCUAACGGACGAGAGUGCUUGCCAACGGAUCGACGAGUGAGCCCGUCACACACUCGCGGCAGGCAGUCAAUGAGAGCUCGUCGCAUGCGGGCGACA